AUGCCGACGGCCACAAGGGUCAAAUGCUGUGACCCCUGCCGUCUGCUGCACCACAAAUGCGACGGAAUCCUGCCACAGUGCGGGCGGUGCACGCGAACAGGUCGUGCCUGUGUGCGCGGUCAAAAGAAGACCCAAUUUCGACAGGCGAAGGGGCGAGGCCCACGAACUCGAUUCCCGCGCAAUCAGGUGUGGUUGCGGCCGCCACCGCGAGUCGACUUUGUCCUAGAAUCAGGCAAUGGGGAACCGGAUGACCUGGCGGCUCUUCCCUCGGUCGAAGCUGAGUCGGUCGACCCAGGCUCGCCGGUUAUGGAUCACAACCCGACCCCGGAGUCCAUCGCUGUACCCCCGAAUACCCAGCAUCGGACAGCAGAGGACGUUGAGGUGCUGGCUUAUCGUUGCGAUCGAGAUGGGAAACAACGUCCACCCUUCCGCCCGACCGGCGCAAGACGUGAACUACGAUCAGGCCGGCGUACAUGGCCCUUACGAGAUCCAGAGGAGGCCUAUCUUCUACAACACUUUGUGGACCGCAUCGCAUCAUUCUUUGACUGUACAGACCGGCAGCAGCAUUUCGCGGUUCACAUUCCAUACCGAGCCCGGUAUUGCGACACGUUGUUCAACGCCAUCAUGGCUUUGUCGGCUCGCCACUUGAGCUGCACCACCACUUUCGACCCGUAUGUGUCGGAUCAGUACUAUCAGGCCUGCCUGGAGACCCUCAUUCCCUCGUUGAAUGACCACGGUGUCACGAUGGAUGAUGAUCUGCUCGCGGCGACUGUGAUUCUUCGUCUGCUGGAGGAAUUCGAUGUCCCACUGGCGGGGUCGGAUCUUCGGGGCCAUUCCUUUGGGACCAAGGCGUUCAUCCAGGGUCCGCCACCCUCAGCGACGACAACUCCCAGCUUACGACAGGCGGUUUACUGGAGUGGGCUUCGGCAAGAAAUUUACAAUGCCCUCAGUCUACAACAGGCCCCCGAUGUUGACCUGAGCUCCCUUCACUCGCUAUUUACGGCCCUGGGCCCCGACGCCGGUGAUUGCGCGUGGGCAAACCAGGCAAUUGCGCAUUGCGCCGAUGUCCUGCUCUUCUCGUUCGGCGAUGGGCCCCGCUCAGUGGCAGUGCAUGAAGACCUGCAGAAGCAGAACGAACAGUGGAGUGAUACUCGGCCAGCAUCCUUUGACCCCUAUUUCGUAGGCAGUGACGAGGUGGAGAUUGGAGCAAGCUUUCCCGACAUCCGUUUCAGUUCUCCAUGGCAUGCAAUUGGCAAUCAGUACAACGAGCUGGCCCGGAUUCUGCUCUCUGUACACAACCCGGGACUUCCUACGGUAGGACCCCUCCGCCGACGGUUUGCCCAAGAGGCUGAUUACCAGAUCCGCAAGGGGGUAUGGACCGUAUGUGGUGUGGCGCUGGCUAAUGACUCCGUGCCACCGGCGAUGGUGGUGGGGUGCAUGGCCAUUCAUAUCUGUGGCGAUCGAUUCACAGAUCGGCAGGAACAAGAGAGGCUGAUUCAGGUCCUGAUCCGCACAGACUCGUCGCACGGCUGGCCGACUCAUGCGCUGCAGCGCCAAUUGCGGGAAACCUGGAGUUUGCCCUGA